AUGGCGGGAAUCAACUACGCCAGAUGGGACCACCUCGACAGCAGCAGCGACGAAGAGAGCUUCUCGCCGCCCACUCCGCCAACCUCCCCACGGCGACCGAUACGGCCAAGCAGUUUCGUGCAGCAGGACCGGCCUCUCCCGUGCAACGAAGAGCUUCGUGCCCAAGUCCUUCGGGAAGAGGAGGAACUGGCCGCCUUCGUGCAACGCAACCCCUGCCCUUCGGAGAAUACCAUGAAGGCUUGGCUUCGCAACGCGGCACAUCAGGAAGGCCCGCCGGAUGAAGGUUCCCAAACUUUCUCGCAGCUCAUGAGGCACAUGGGCUGGACACCCAAGAAGCUGGGCUGGUUCGACUACCCUUCCUUCCGUGUCUUGUGGGAAUCCGCGGGCCGGAGAUGCCCAGGAGCUUUUCUGGACCAGCGCCGCGCGGGCAGGGAGCUCUACGAACAAGGAGGUCGCGAGUGCAUGCAGUUCCAUUACUAUGCCCUGCACUAUGCCAUGUGCGGUGACUCCGUCCUUCACGGCAUCAACAAGCCCCUGCCCGUCUACGGAUUCGCAAGCCACCUGGGGAAAGUAUGGGAUGGCAUCGGAUCUUGGCUGGCAUGA